CCAGUUCUCUGCAGGCAAAAUCGCUCAGUCCCACGUUCGGAGCCUUGUGGUCGUCCGCUUCCUCCCCUUGGAAAAGAUGGCGAACCCAAUCCAGUUCUCCCACUCGCUGCAGGGCCAGGCAGGCUUGCCGAGUUAUGAGCAGCUGAAGGAGGAACACGAUAUGGGAAUCCUCGAGGCUUCCGGGGUGCCGCCUGGGGCCACCGUGAUCCGCAUGCACUCGCCGCAGGUCUAUACAACGCCGCCCCGCGACCAUAUCAUUUGGUCCCUCUGCACCACCUUAUACUUCAACGUUUUCUGCCUUGGGUUUUGUGCCUUGGUUUAUUCCGUGAAGGCCAGAGAUCGCAAAGUGAUUGGGGAUUACAAUAGUGCUGCCAGCUAUGGCUCUACUGCCAAGUGCCUGAACCUUGUUGCCCUCCUGCUGAACAGCCUGGGUCUUGUUACUAUCAUUGUCGUCAUUGUAAUAGUGUUCUCUCAAAAUCACGUAAAAACUCCACAUGUAGCUGGUUCAAUAGCCUUGCAAGUCUCUGAAGAUAUCCAUAAUGAAAGUGGCACAGAAGCACCUUUAAAAAAAAAAAAAAAGGUUAAUCCAAGAGUGGACGGACCAUCGGGGCCGACUUUUCGCUUGUUUACUAAACGUAGAUCUGCAGAAUUUUCAAAACGGCUUUUAAGAGCGAGGCAAGGCCGACAUCGCGGUACCAAGAGCCCUAAAAUUCGCGGUGCAAAGGACAGCAUUAACUCCCCGCCCCUCGCAAGGAAAAAGCCCUUGCAACAUUCCCCCCCACCACCACCUCUACUCUCCUGCCCAUUUUCGCACCGCAUGGGGGCGCGAGCCGCAUUGGUUAAGCUUCCCGUCCAAUCAGCGGAGGCCGAGAGCUGUACCGUUUGGGGGCGUCUCCGCGAGCUCGGCCGCGCUCAUGCCCGCCUCUUUUCGGCGUUGGUCGCCGUUGGUGAGAGGAGGGUUGGUUUGGCCAUGGAGCCUCAACAGACAGAGGUCGUCAUGCGCCCCACCUUUCAAUACCCCAAGGCCAUCGCUAAUCCUGCGGUCAGGGAUCAUGUGGUCUGGUCGCUGUUCAGUUUAAAUUGCUGCAAUUGCUGUUGCCUUGGCUUGUUCGCCCUCAUCUACUCCAUUAAGUCAAGAGAUCGUAAAGUUCUUGGAGACCCUGAAGGUGCAGCUAGUCAUGGCAGGACAGCCAAGUACCUGAAUAUUGCUGCAUUGAUGAUAACCAUCAUAGUCUACAUUAUUUUCGUCAUUAUAUUAGUCAGUAGUGCACUGCUCAUCGUUAACAUAGUCUUCGAAAUAAUGAAGCUUCCAGAUGAAAUAGAAGAAUUCAGAGGGAACUAAACCAUACAUCCAAAAUACUAUUUUCAACGAUGUAUUCUAUUUUAGCAUUGGUUUAGCUUUCUUUUGCAUGCCUUAAGCAUAUCAAUUGACAGUUUGGUUACACUUUUGGGUAUAUAAAGAUUAUUCUCUGCACUACAUCUGUAUCCUAUUUCCCUACCACAAUUUAUUGAAGUUAUUUAUUGAAAAGUAGAUUAUUUAACUGGGUUGAUGUUAUCUUUAACCCAAGAGCUAGAUUUCUGUCUUCCUAAUCCUAGGAAUCAUCCAUUUUUGUUGCUGUUAUAUUUUAUUUAUUUGUUUAUUUAUUAUAUUUAUCAAAUUUAUAUUUUGCCCAUUUUAAAGUGACAUGGGCAGUCAACAAAUAAAAAGUUACUAUAUUUUGAUUUCUCAAUGGAACAUUCAGUUUUUUAUGUAUUUCAGUAUGUUUUCAAUAUCAUAGCUUUCUAUAUUUCAGUAUGAAGUUGAGGUGAGUUCAAAACAAAUAAAAAACACAUCUUUAUAUUUUAUGUAGAUAAAGAGUUUUUGAUGGCAAAAGUCAGCUGAUAAAAACAUUCAUUCCCUAAAUGUUCAUUGUUGUUUUUGUUUCCUUCAUUCCUCUGUCAGAAGGAAACUAGAUAUUGCAAAGUUACAUAUUCCAUAUCUGUACAGAGCUGCGCUAAUUAAUAGCUAGCUGUCAGGUGCAAUUGAAGGUACUAGUUGGCACCUUUAAAGUCAGAUUAAUUCCACUGAUUAAUUGUUCUGUCAGGAAUUUUCUCUUUAGUUCUAGGUUGGUUCUCUUUGAUAAAUAGCCACCUAUUCUUGUCCGGCUCUCAGGUGCUUUGGAGAAUAGGUUGACUCCCCCACCUUUCUGUGGCACCUCCUCAAAUAUUGGGAGACUGUCAAGUUAUCCCUAGUCCUUCCCUUUGUCAGACUAGACAUAUCUAUCAGGACAGCAGUAUAAAGCAGUACUGACACUUCAUGUGACCUUGAUACCACCCCUCUAUUGAUGUAUUGUAGGACUGCAUUAGCUUUUUUUGGCAGCUGUGGCACAGUACUAGCUCAUCCUUGAGUAAUUGUCCACUAGAUCCCUCUCACAGUUACUACUGUUGAGCCAAGUACUACCUAUUCUAUACCUAUGCAUUUGGUUUUUCUUUAAGUGUAAAAUUUUACAUUUCUCACCAUUGAAUUGCAUUUUGUUGUGCUGAACCGUGUUCAAGUCUUUCAAGAUCCUUCUCAAUCUUAAGCCUAUCUUCUAAAGGAAACUUCAUGUUCCAUGUGCCAGAUACCAUCCACAUUCUCAAUGUAAUUAUUAAGUGGCUGUAUGGGUCAUGAAAGGGAGAGACUGAGGAAAGCCAUGGAAGCCUAGUGCAGGUCCAGGCCCACACUGCAGCACCUCCCCAGUUCACUCAUGGCCUAUUCUGGCCUUCCCAAGGCCGUGUCCACCUCAAGAGGUAUCCCUUGUUCUGCUUCCCACACUUUGGGGUCCCUGCAGGCCUUGUGCCUGCUUUCCCACCCCAUUUAGGUCUCACACCAUGCAAAUGCUGUGUGAAUGCUGCCUUUAUAAUUAUGAUUUUUAGCUUCAUGCAAGCGUACCCUAAAGAGAACGAGAGUUUAACCAAAGGGCUGAUUAACUUUUCCCCAAUUUGAAAUAUUAUAAUCUUAUCCAAAACUCAUCUUAAAGUGUACGUCCAGCAUUUACUCAUUCUGUAAUAAGUAUUUUAAUAAAUCUUGACUUUGGCUGA